AAGCUCGUAUUUUGGAGGGAUAUACAAAGGGCGGCAAAUAUAUUCGCCGGCCUGCACGUGACCCCCACACACUUCUCUCUCUCUCUCUCUCUCUCUCUUCCGAUGUCGUCGUCAAGGCUCCGAUCAUCCAUCUCGCCGUUCCGGUCUCGAAAAUCGUCGUCGUCGUCGUCGUCUUCCUCCUCCUCUAAGCGUCCUACGACCCCUUCCUCUACUACUUCCUCCAAAGCUCCCACUCUACCGCCGGCAAAAUCAUCAUUUUCUCCGUCGACUCCUAGCUCCGACGGUCCACCGGGUUCUUCUGGAAAGACUAAGGAGAAUGUCACUGUUACCGUUAGGUUUCGUCCGCUCAAUGCUAGAGAGAUUGGUAAAGGCGACGAGUUAGCUUGGUAUGCUGAUGGAGAUUAUACGGUCCGCAAUGAGAUCAAUCCCAAAAUUGCUUAUAGUUUUGAUAAAGUUUUUGGUCNCCUGCUGAAUUAA